AGCAUCUUCCAGAAAUAUCGCGGUGGAAAGGAAGAACCUGAUCACCGUCUGCCGGAUUUAGAGGUGCACAACAUGGUUAGAGGCAUGGAGAUGUGUGGCCCACAUGCAGAAAUAUGAUGAAGACAAAAAUCUAUGCAAGGCAUAGGCAGAUUUUCUGUGAAGACCCUGCUGGAAAAAUAUACGAUAGAACCCAUUGAUGACUCAUCAGAGGAGUUUGUGAACUUUGCUGCCAUCCUAGAACACAUCCUCAGCCAUCGUUUCAAGGGAGAUCAUGGCCCUGUCAGCUGGUUCAGCUCCGAUGGGCAACGUGGCUUCUGGGAUUACAUCCGCCUGGCCUGUAGCAAAGUCCCAAAUAACUGCGUCAGUAGCAUUGAAAACAUGGAAAACAUCAGCACUUCCAGAGCCAAGGGCCGGGCAUGGAUCCGUGUGGCAUUGAUGGAGAAGCGCAUGUCUGAGUAUAUUGCUACAGCACUGCGGGACACCAGAACCACCAGGAGAUUUUAUGAUGAUGGGGCAAUCAUGCUGAGAGAGGAAUCAACAGUCCUCACGGGAAUGCUGAUUGGACUCAGUGCCAUAGAUUUCAGUUUCUGCUUGAAAGGGGAAAUCAUGGAUGGCAAGACACCUGUGGUUAUUGACUAUACUCCAUACCUGAAGUUUACCCAGAGCUAUGAUUACCUAAGUGAUGAGGAGGACCGGCGCAGCUUAGAGAGCAGUACAAGUGAGGAGAGUUCCCCUGACCACCCCUACUUGCCACUGGUGACCGCUGAAGACAGCUGGUACAACAAAUGGCGCAAGAUGGAGCAGAAGUUUCGCAUUGUGUAUGCGCAAAAGGGCUACCUAGAGGAGUUAGUUCGGCUGAGAGAGUCACAGCUAAAGGACCUGGAGGCAGAGAACAAGCGCCUGCAACUGAGGCUGGAGGAGGUGAAGGUGCAGAAUCAGCUAGAGAAACGGGAGCUGGAGGGAGUCAUCCUGGAAUUGCAGGAACAGCUACUUCCCUCCUCCCGCUCUGCCCCCAGGAUGGGCCUCAUCCCCUCGGAUAACAGCCAGUUUACCCAACUCUCCAAGGAAAUGGCGGCACCCUUGGUGAACCAGUGGCCCUCUUUGGGUACUCUGAAUGGUAAUGAAAGUCGUCCAGAAGCCAAAAUGUACAGAAGGCAUAGCUUCAUGAGCACGGACCAGCUCUCGGCAGAGAUCAGUCUGAGCUCGGAUUCCCAAAGGAUGGGUGAAGGGAAGCAUGAAGGAGAACCCUGGGGGCCACUGGGAAAGGACCCAACUCCAUCCAUGUUGGGCCUUUGUGGGUCUUUGGCCUCCCUGCCUAGUUGCAAGUCUCUAGCCAGCCUAAAAUCCAAUGAAUGCCUGGUGAGCGACAGCGUUGAACCCAGCCCUGCUCAUAGCCCCAGCUGAAACAUCAGAUGGUCAUCCUCACAAACCACAAGAUGCCUGUGGGGAGUGAGAAUUGAGUCCUUUUGGCUUGGUUAUACCUUGAUUGAGCCUGAUGCUACGGAAGGGUAAUAAGCCCGCAUCCUCAACUGAACACUCGUUUAAACACAAAACGUUCUUCCUUAAACUGGAAGCAGGGAAGUGCUUUGAAGCUUGUCUCUACCCAGGAUUUAAAAAGGAAAAAAGAAAAAAGGCUGCACACUUGUUGGAAGCAGGAAAGAUUGCCUGCCAAAAGCACUUUUGUAAAAUGAUGCUGUGUAUAUUAUAUGUAAUAUAUAUAUUAUAUAUGACUGAGAUUACUGGAAGGUAGCUGCCUCCAGGAAAAACACUUAAAACAAUUCCUGACCUAUAUUGCUGAAGGGAUGGGCUAAGAGAGAAUAUAACUAUACAGGCUGAAAUUCAUUGCACAUUCUUGUUAGUGAAAGCGUACACAGUGAAAAGGCAUGGAUGUCAAGGAAUCUAUGUUCCCUCCCCGUCUGACAGCAGGAGGUUCUGUGGAAGGGCGCUUGGGAGAGGGCAUAAGAGAACCAGCCAUGGAGAGGGAUGAUAUUAAGUUUCCCACCUUCCCUGUGACUCAUAUGCAGCAGAAACAAACACAUUACCUUUUUGCUACAGGGUGGCAUAUUUUAUGUCACCUUCAGAGUUCUGGUCAUCUUUUGAGACUGAGGAAGCCUCCAUCUUCUUCAACCCUACCAGACCCCUGCAGAAUCUGCUUCCUCUCUUUCUCCUGCAUGUUGCUAUCCCAAUAGAAUUUUCUACUUCAGGAAGCCUUGGAAGGUGGAAGAGGGUCAAUUUACACAGCCAGUCUUUUGAUGCGAGUUUUGGCAAAGCAGUCUUAGGAAUGUGCUGAUAUGUGAUGACAUCAUAACUAACCCCAGCUGUAAAAACUGUUAUAGAUCAGCAGUUAGGGGGGCUGUUCAAAUGAAUAGGCAAGAAUUAAAGCAGAUUAAGGAGCUG